AUGACGACAGCAAGAGCGGUAGGUAUCGACAUCUUUGCCGUGAUGGCUAGGGAUGCAACUAGACUUGGUUGUGGAGCGAUCUUGGUGUCUUCCAAGGAGGCGAGGUUAUCGAGCGGCCGUGGCGGUGCAACGACAGUCGACGGCAAUGUUGUUGUGGGCGACACGAACGACAUCCAAGGCGCAUAUGGUGUUGCUGACAUGCAUUUGUCAUACGAUGCAAUCAUCAUGCGGCAGGUAGCCAUGACACGCUCUAUCUGCUUGAGUGUCUGA